AUGCACGGAGUGUACACCCAAUUGAUGUACAAAUAUCAUUACUAUGGUUUCAAUUGCCAUAUGAAAGGUAGGAGUUUCUGGAGUGUGAAUAUCCCUCAGGAUUGUUCUUGCUGUUGGAGAAGUCUUCUUAAACUUCGGAAUGUUGUUAGGGACUUUAUUUUUUUUGAGGUUGGAAAUGGUCAGAAUAUUCAUUUAUGGUUUGAUAAUUGGCAUCCUUGUGGUGUGUUGAUUGAGAGGUAUGGUUCUCGGGUUGUUUAUGAUGCUAGAAGUGGGCUAAAUUCUAAACUUUCUUCUGUUUUGAGUAAUGAGAAUUGGUGCUGGAAUCCGGCCAGGUCUGAGGAUCUUGUUGCUAUUCAAAAUCGCCUACCUGAAAUUGUUUUGGGCCAUGUUGAUAAGCCAGUUUGGAAGAUUGCUCGAAAUGGUUCUUUUGUGAGUUCUGAAACCUGGAUUUUCUUGAGGGAUAAGAAAGCUGAAGUUGAAUGGUGGCAUCUGAUUUGGUUUCCUUAUGCUAUCCCAAAACAUGCCUUUAUUCUUUGGUUAGUAGUACAUAACAGGUUAACAACAAGUGAUCGCCUUCUUGUUUGGGGUUUCAAUGGAGAUCCUCUUUGUGGGUUCUGUCAUCAUGUUUUGUUCUCGGAGGGUUACAGAAAUUGGAAGAAGAAAACUAUGUUGGGGGUUUUGUGUAGGUUGAUUUUUGGAUCUGCUAUACAUGGUUUAUGGAAAGCUAUAAAUGCUAUUCGGUUUUGUGGAGUUCCUUAUACUGAGGAGCAGAUUCUUAAGAGGAUAUUUUGGGAUGUUAGAACCCGGAUUUCUGGGAAAGGCUCUUUCAAGAAGACUAGAGAAAAUGUUUUGCUUUGUCAGAUUUGGAAUUUGGAUGAUUCUAUUUUGAACUAA